AUGAUAUUGGAAAUGAAUCAAUUAAUUGGAUUUGGAUUAUUAUUUGGAGGAUGGAUAACUAUAGUGUUUGGGUACAAGUUUAAAGACAUAUUCCUUAGUUUCUUUGGAUCUGCAUUGGGAGCAGUGUUGGUGUACCAGGUGGCGACACACUACAACUUUGCAUUUGCUUUGCAUAUCGGACUGUCGUUUGUCGUGUCGGUCAUCUGCUCGUUGAUCUGUAUCCGUUACAAAAAGAUUUCGUCGUGUCUGAUUGGUAUUAUUAGUUGCGUCUAUGUGUCGCAUUUGGUGGUGUUUUACGUGUCGUCCGAGUCGUCGUGGUACAACUAUGUAGUGUUGGCCAUCAACUUGUUCAUCCCCUUUUUCUGCGUCGUCUAUCCAUUGUUCUCUCUACUCUUGUCGUUUGCCACCUAUGGUUCAUGGGCCUUUGUCAUUGGUUUGGAUCAGUUUAUGGGUGUUGGAUACCCCACUCCAGUGUCGAUGUGGUGUCCUGGCAGCGAGUGGUUGCAAACAAUCAAAUGCUCGCAGUCUGCCCUCCUCAUGUUCCUCCUCUUUGUCUCCAUCUCCACACUGUCCACCUUUAUCCAGUACUACCUUGUCAACCAGUUGCACGAGAAGCACUCGUCGGUGUUGUUGUCCGACGACAUUGAGCAUCCAUCCGACCAAGAAGAAGACGACUCUGACUUGGCCUCAUCGUCGUGCGAAGAGGACAACCUCCUCAACUCGCACCUCCGCAACGACGACGGCAGUCUCUACAAGGAAGACGACGGCGAGUCAUACCACACUGGUGCCAUGAAAAUCGACAUCAAGGACGGAGACGCCCCCUACUGCGACCCAUCUGCCUUUGUCAAAGCCGCCCUCAUUGAUAAAUCCUACCUCAAAGGUAAAGAUAUCAAAAAGAGUGAAUCUGAACCUUUAAUGGGUCCCUAA